UGGAAGGAAAGUCAUAAUUGACUUGAAUUCAUACCUUUCUGUAACGCGCGUUCAAUAUGGCUUCGAGAUUCGCCUCCUCCUCUCUCCACCAGCGCGACUCGCGCAGCGACCUCUUCAAAGGCUACACCGGCGGCGGCUCCGCCAGCAGACCCGUCAGCGCCAGUCCCAGCCGCCAACAACUCGGCGGCGGAUACGGAUACGGCGGGUACCAGCCCAACAGCAACCAGCACCACCUGAGUCUGACUGCCGAGAGCCGUGGCGGGUAUAGGCCUGCGACGCCGAAUCGGAAGGGACAGUACAGCGAUGCGGUGCUUAACGAGCUCGAAAGCCAGAAUGAUCAACAGGUCGAGGGGAUUAUGGGCAAGGUUAAGAUGUUGAAGGAUAUGACGAUAGCCAUCGGCGAUGAAAUCCGGGACUCGUCCGCGCUGGCGGAGAAAAUGAACGAGGGCUUCGAUCAAACACGGUUGCGGCUGGGCAGAACUAUGAACAGGAUGCUGAUCAUGGCGGAGCGGACAGGCGUUGGUUGGAGGGUGUGGCUGGCUUUUUUUCUUACCGUCAUCCUUUUGUUCGUUUACGUCUGGCUAUUCUGAGAGGGAGGACAUUGACGGGGGAAGGGUACGGGCUUUGAUUAGACACGGGUUGCUUUCUCUGCCUGGCUGCUGGCUGGCUGGCUGGCUGGCUGAAUAGGCGCUUGGAGUUUGGGACGCAUGUCUACCUUGGCUUGGUUGAUUGGGAUAUGACUGCUGGCAUGAUUUUGUACCAACACAUUCGCAUGCGGCCAUGAAUGGGGGGCUGGUUUUGAUACAGAUUUUGUAAUGCUGCACAUAAAGUUUACCCUCCUUAAUGAGCCUUGUCCUACCCGGGUC